AUGACGUUCGCGCCGAUCCCGCGCUUACUCCCGCCUCGAGGCCGUGGCCCCGGGGCCGACGCUGCCCCUGCCGAGCCCCCGGGCGCAGUGCUGAGCGUGGACGUCGCGGGGCUGCUCGCGCAGCUGGCCCGCAGUUUCGCGCUGCUGCUGCCGGUGUACGCCCUCGGCUACCUGGGCCUGAGCUUCAGCUGGGUGCUGCUGGCGCUCGGGCUGCUCGUGUGGUGCCGGAGGAGCCGCGGCCUCAAGGCGACCCGCCUGUGCCGCGCGCUGGCGCUGCUGGAGGACGAGGAGCGCGCCGUGCGCCUGGGGGUGCGCGCCUGCGACCUGCCGGCCUGGGUUCAUUUUCCAGACACUGAAAGAGCAGAAUGGCUAAAUAAGACUGUAAAACAUAUGUGGCCUUUUAUUUGCCAGUUUAUAGAGAAGUUGUUUCGAGAAACUAUAGAGCCAGCUGUGCGGGGAGCAAACACCCACCUUAGCACUUUCAGUUUCACAAAAGUUGACGUGGGUCAGCAGCCUCUCAGGAUCAAUGGUGUUAAGGUGUACACUGAAAAUGUGGACAAAAGGCAAAUUAUUUUGGACCUUCAGAUUAGUUUUGUAGGAAACUGUGAGAUUGAUUUGGAGAUCAAGCGAUAUUUUUGUAGAGCCGGUGUGCAAAGUAUACAGAUUCAUGGUACAAUGCGGGUGAUCCUGGAACCGUUGAUUGGAGACAUGCCCCUAGUGGGAGCCUUGUCUGUUUUCUUCCUUAGGAAACCACUUAUAGAAAUUAACUGGACAGGACUGACGAACCUUCUCGAUAUCCCUGGAUUAAAUGGUCUGUCAGAUACGAUCAUUCUGGAUAUAAUAUCAAACUAUCUGGUGCUUCCCAAUCGGAUCACCGUUCCUCUUGUCAGUGAAGUUCAAAUAGCUCAGUUGCGGUUUCCUAUACCAAAGGGUGUUCUGAGGAUACAUUUUAUUGAAGCUCAGGAUCUUCAGGGGAAAGAUACGUACCUUAAGGGACUCGUCAAGGGAAAGUCAGACCCCUAUGGAGUUAUUCGAGUUGGCAACCAGAUCUUCCAAAGCAAGGUCAUCAAAGAGAACCUCAGUCCCAAGUGGAAUGAGGUGUACGAGGCUUUAGUCUAUGAACAUCCUGGACAGGAAUUAGAGAUUGAGCUCUUUGAUGAAGACCCAGACAAGGAUGACUUCCUAGGAAGUCUUAUGAUUGAUCUUAUUGAAGUUGAGAAGGAGCGCCUUUUAGAUGAAUGGUUCGCCCUGGACGAGGUUCCCAGAGGAAAACUGCACUUGAAACUGGAGUGGCUCACAUUAAUGCCAAAUGCUUCAAACCUCGACAAGGUGCUAACAGACAUCAGGGCUGACAAAGACCAAGCCAAUGAUGGUCUUUCCUCUUCAUUGCUGAUUUUGUAUUUGGAUUCAGCAAGGAACCUUCCGAGUAUCUACGAGGGAAACUUUGGGUGUGGCUACUUAAAAGAGAGGCGAGCGUCGGGACUAGUGUUUUGUGAAAAUACUACCUCAGUCUAUAGAGCACUAUUUAGUAACCCAUUAGAAUUUAACCCUGAUGUCUUGAAGAAGUCUGCAGUUCAGAAAGCUUUAAAGUCAGGGAAGAAAAUAAACAGCAAUCCAAACCCUCUCGUCCAGAUGUCAGUUGGACACAAGGCCCAGGAGAGCAAGAUUCGAUACAAAACCAAUGAACCUGUGUGGGAGGAAAACUUCACCUUCUUCAUUCACAAUCCCAAGCGCCAGGACCUUGAAGUCGAGGUCAAAGAUGAACAGCAUCAGUGUUCUCUGGGGCAUCUGAAGAUCCCUCUCAGUCAGCUGCUCACCAGCGAUGACAUGACCAUGAACCAGCGAUUCCAGCUCAGUAAUUCAGGUCCCAACAGCACUCUGAAGAUGAAGAUCGCCCUCAGGGUACUCCAACUCGAAAAGCAAGAAAGGUCUCCAGACCACCAACACUCAGCUCAAGUAAAGCGACCCUCUGUUUCUAAGGAGGGGAGGAAAAUAUCAGUGAGAUCUCAGAUGUCUGCAUCUCCAGGCUCCAGUGACAGCAACACAGCCCCAUGCACGCCAGUCAUUGGGAGUGGCGAUAAGCCUGGCGUGGAAGAGAGAGCCCAGCCUGUGGAGGCCAGCCCCCAGGGGCCACGAGACCUGGGCAGAAGCUCCUCCAGCCUUCAGGCCAGUGCCACCUGCUCACCCAGCCAUGUCUCCGUCAAGGAGCCCACCCCAAGCAUAGCCUCAGACGUAUCACUGCCCAUCGCCACCCAGGAGCUUCGGCAGAGACUGCGGCAGCUAGAGAAUGGGACAACCCUGGGGCAGUCGCCCCUGGGGCAGAUCCAGCUGACCAUCCGGCACAGCUCACAGAGAAACAAGCUCGUGGUGGUGGUACACUCCUGCAGAAAUCUCAUUGCCUUCUCUGAAGAUGGCUCUGACCCCUAUGUCCGCAUGUAUUUGUUACCAGACAAGAGGAGAUCAGGAAGGAGAAAAACACACGUGUCAAAGAAAACACUGAACCCCGUGUUUGACCAGAGCUUUGAUUUCAGUGUUUCAUUACCAGAGGUACAGAGGAGAACGUUGGAUGUAGCCGUGAAGAACAGUGGCGGCUUCCUGUCCAAAGAUAAAGGGCUUCUUGGCAAAGUGUUGGUUGGUCUGGCGUCUGAAGAACUAGCCAAGGGUUGGACCCAGUGGUACGACCUCACAGAAGAUGGCACAAGACCACACGUGGUGACGUAGUCCAUGCCGGGCGCGAGGAGCCCGCCCCGUGUCCCCACUCACACUGUGUGCUCAGAGCACACCAUCCCGCACGUGUACCAACACUGUUUCUGUAAUUCCAGUGUAUUUAGUUAUAUAAAUCUUCAUAGUUUUAUAAGCCAUGUUGACGUUUUAGGCAUAUUUGGCCAAUGUUAUCAUUAGAUUUUGUAUGUUUGAUCUUCUGUAGCAUUUCACCAGUUAUUAUAGCGUGUGGUAAGGUAGCAGUUAAUUACUGCGUCACGUAAAGGUGUGUGUCAGUUACAUCCAGUAGGAAGCAGAUGUGUGUAUAUGCUUUACUGUUGCCUUGUUUUGUACACACUGAGGUACACUAUGCCAUGUAAAUAGACUAUUUUUUAUAAUCUCUACAUGCUGGUUUGAAUUCUGAAGAAAAUGGAUUAAGGAAAUAUAUUUUUUUCUUCUAAAAUGUAUUAAAUUCUUACGACAGAUAAUCAUUUUGUCUUUGCAGGGUAAAGUUCUCAGUGACCAAUUUUAUGGUGUUUCUUUUUUUAAAAAAGGCUGAAAGUUUAAAUAUUAGUAUUCUUCUGCCCAUCAUGAAUGACGGAAGUAUUCAAAAUAUUACCAGUUUCAUAAAUACAAAGAUGUAUUAUUGAGAGUUAGUUGAAGUGCUUAUAAGAAAAAGUGUGUAACUGAGUAAUACAAAAUACUAAGAGCCUUGUCAUGAUUCAUAAAUCAUGAUGCACUAAUUUGAACUUUCUUAUGUAAAAUGAAAUGUCUUAAGUUUAUUUUUAAUUGCUUGAUAUAACUUACUCAUGAAGUAGUACACAGAUACACAGUUAUACUUCCUAAAAUUUAAUACAAAUUUCCAGUGUUAGCACUUAGGCUAUUGUGAAACCAUCGGUCAUGAGCUUUGUUAAUUUUCAGUGUUUUCCCAGCCUGUGAAGACAGGCUUACACGGUCACCAUAAGGUUUGUGGGGUAGAUCUGGUAAGUAGGUAGGAGGUUGUUUUAAAAACCAGCGGCUCGUUCAUUCAUCCGUCGGUGCGACAUCAUCCGUCGGACCCUGUGCGCGAGGCCGGGGGGUUCCAGCACGGCGGCUGUUGACUUUAAAUAACCAUUUCCUGAGUCUCUUCACUUUACGCCGUGACUGACCUCAGUACUGGGAUAUGGUGAUACCGUUUUUAUUUUGGAAUACUUGUUUUCUUCUUGGAUUAUUGCAGCAUGUUUUAGGUCCUCGAGGCCCAGGCCUCUGAGGGGAUGAGGCUCUGCAUCAGUGUCGGCUGCGCAUGUGUCUGAGAAGCGUGUGACGCGGACAACUUCUCAGCCGUGAGAACAUUCUGUAUCACGUAUGCAGAUGCUGGGGGAGUAGAGCUUUGCGACUGACUCUGGAGAUCGUACCAUAAGUCGUCUCGUGGACUCACGGACUGCUCGUGUGACCAAAAUACCAAAGUGCCUGUGGUGGACGCUGAUUGUUAUUCCUGCGCACGUCUGCCUUCCAGCAGAUUUCAUGUUUGUUUUCAUUUACACUUGGAACCGUGGGUUUGUUUAUAAUGGAGUCUGUAGUUCACAACACAUUUCAUGUAACCAUAAAGACAGUAUAAUCUCACUGUUUCCUAGUUAAUGGAACUUCACUAUAAACCAUGUCCAAUGUACAGGAGGAAGUUUAUUAAUAUAUUGAUGCACACAUAAACAUAUGCACACAAAAAAUUUAACUGUGGUAUUUAGUAGCAUGAUAAAGGCAGGUAACUACUUAUUAAAUCUAGUUGCCUGCCCAUGGUAUUAGAUUUAUUAAAGAUUUGUUUUUUUAAUUCAGUCUGUUGAAGGGCUUCUGGCAUAAUCUAUAAAAAGAGAACCACUCACUGAAAUGCAUCAUACCAAUAAUUUUUUACCAACAUCCUAAACAUUUGGGUUUUGCAAUCAUGUGCUCACCAAUAGGUACAUAUUUACUUUGUGGAAUGCUUUAUUUAAGUAAUGAGGCAAAAUAAAUACAAUGAAAGGUAGAAAGCCAGUUAGCAGCAUGACACGUGCCUUGUGAUACAGGGACUGGGGAGCCUGGAGACAGACCCAUCUGCAGGUUCUGAGGCCUCUGGCAGCGGGCUUCAUUCUGCUUAAGAGGAAAGAAAGAAGGAAAGGGACAAUUCUAAAGACAUAAAACGUUUCCCGAUGUGAUCCUGUCUUUUGUGGCAAGAAGAGCAUUCAACGAGAAGCUCUUUUACCCUGUGGGGAGGGUUGAGAAUUACUGUCGAGGCCAGACUCCAGGAUCCUGGUGAUGGAGAACACUUGAAUUCUCAAAAUGUUCAUCACUGGUUCAAUAAUAGGUUCAUCCAGGAAAAGGGAACGUUAACUUUUCUAUAUUAAGCCAAACCAAUGGGAGGAAAUUGAAUUCUGUUAGUUUAUACAUGUGGUUGCCUAUCCUGUGCCUUAAAGUAUGGAAGUUUGGCGGCAUUGUUUUCAAGUUUCAGAUCAUAGCUGUAUUCACUUUAUAUUCUAUACUAGGAGAAUUCAUUUUGCAGAUAUGCUUCAUCAGGAGGUCAGCCCUUCUCCAAGAACCUAAGCUCAGUGUAGACCAGCGUGUAUAAACUCUGGUCGUCACCCACUGCAAAUGGAAAACAGAGGGUUUUUUUAAAUUACUAUGAUAGAAUGUCCUUUUUGAUCAACUAAUUUUACAUGACAAUGCAUGUAUUUAUUCAAUAAACUUUUAUGUUCGCUAA